AUGGACCAAGGAAAUAAAUCAGGAGUGACUGAAUUUAUAUUGCAUAGUCUUUCAGGUUCUCGAGAGCUACAACUUUUCUAUUUUGCAUUUUUUACACUUUUCUAUUUAUCCAUUGUGCUGGGGAACCUCCUCAUUGUGCUCACAGUCAUCUCUGAACCUGCACUACACACACCCAUGUACUUUCUGCUCAGUAACCUCUCCUUCAUUGAUGUGUGUCUAUCCACAUUUGCCACCCCCAAAAUGAUUAUUGACUUCCUUAUGGAGCACAAGACCAUCUCUUUUGAGGGAUGCAUGACCCAAAUAUUUUUUCUGCAUGUUUUUGCUGGUGGUGAAAUGAUGCUCCUUGUUGCCAUGGCCUAUGAUAGAUAUGUAGCCAUAUGUCAACCCCUGUACUAUGCGUCCAUCAUGAGUGCACGCAAGUGCACAAUCCUUGUGGUGGGCUCCUGGCUUACUGGGGUUCUGCACUCAAUAAGUCAGUUGGCCUUCACAGUAAACCUUCCAUUCUGUGGCCCCAAUAAAGUGGACAGUUUUUUCUGUGACCUUCCCCUGGUUAUCAAACUUGCCUGCACCAAUACCUUUACUUUUGAGGUACUGAUGCUUUCAGACAGUGGUCUAAUGGCCAUGACCUCCUUUGUGCUCUUGCUGAUCUCCUACACAGUCAUCCUGGCUAGCGUGAGACGGCGCUCCGCAGCACGCAUGGCCAAGGCGAGGGCCACCCUGACUGCCCACAUCACUGUGGUGACCCUCUUCUUUGGUCCCUGCAUCUUCAUUUAUGCCUGGCCUUUUAGCAGUCUCCCAGUGGAUAAGGUUCUCUCCAUAUUUUAUACUGUUUUCACCCCUCUUUUAAACCCCAUGAUUUACACCUUAAUAAGGAGGUAA